AUGGAUGACAACGCCACCACCAGCUACUCCACCGGAGUCCACACUCCGCUGCUCAACAACUUUGUCGACGGCGCUGUUGACUACAGAGGUCGUCCAGCCGUCAGUUCUAAAUCCGGUUUAUGGCGAUCUGCAUAUUUUGUUAUUGGUAACGUUAACCAUUCGCCUCCCGAAAUCAAAAUCGUCGUGAAAAGGAUCCUUGGGGUUGUCCACGGCAACGGUGGCCGAGAACGUGAACGCAUGGACUGGGAUGGCAUCGCUUCUUACCCUCGUUUGGCGAUUUUAUUGCUGAUGCUUUUCUCGGUCGAUUCCUAACAGUUUUAUUUGCUUCUCUGCUGUUUGUCAUCUUCUCUCUCGCUCUCUCUCUCUUUUUUUGAACGAUUUUACCUUGCGAAAGAGUUUUUUGUUUAAACAGUUAUGAUCAACAUGUCUUUGAAUGUUGAGAUUUGAUGCUGAUUUCAUUCCUAA